AUGGCGUCGACGACAACGACGUUCGUGCAUCGUUGGAUGCUGAGACUUGAUGGGGAGCUAGACGAUCAGGCCUGGAGAGCCGACUCCUCCGGGAUCCGAAGAGUUUAUGUCGGGGAUGUUAGCUUUAUAGGGAUGGACCGGGACGGCAAUAUAGUGGAGGUUCGCACGGUUGAAGGGGGAUGCCUCCAAGACAGGACCCCACUAACGCUCAGUUGGCCCAGGCUAUGCCCCGUUACUACUGCCCAGACUGCAGCCCAGGCUCAGCGAGAGGCAGAAGAGAAUAAUAGGAGAGCAGAGGAGGAAGCUCGGAGAGCUCAGCGAGCCGAGAGGGAAUUGGCUCAAGAUCAGAUUCGCAUGAGAACAGAUUUCAACCGGCACGCACUGCCCAAGUUCCAGGGCGAAGCUGAACCCGAAAAGGCUGAUCUAUGGGUUCAGGAGAUGGAGAAGAUCUUUGAGGCACUCCAUACCCCGGAUGCCGAGAAGGUCAACUUGGCCACUUUUAUGCUGAAGGGUGAUGCUGAGUAUUGGUGGCGUAGUGCCAGACAGCUGAUGACGGCCAACCAUGAGGCCAUCACUUGGGAGUCAUUCAGAAAGGCUUUCAUGGAUAAGUACUUCCCGGAAAAAGCAAGGGAAGAAAUGGAGAACAGGUUCAUGCAAGGGUUGAGGAAUGAAAUUGAGAAGGCUGUGAGGCAUUUGGGAAUCAGUGUCUACCAACAGCUAGUGGAGAAGGCCCGUGAAGUCGAGGCUAUGGAAAACAGGCAGAGAGGCCGCCCAGAGAACGGAGGAUCAGUACGCCCAGGACAGAAUCAACCGGGGAAAUACAGUGGGCAGAGAUCAGUGGGGAAGUUUGACAAAGGCAAGGCGCCAAUGAGAAUGCCGUACCAGCGCCCAGCCGCUCAAGGACCAAAUGCUGUGAGGGGAGCAGCCCCUGUUUCAAAAGAGGACGUGACCUGCUACAAGUGUAAUGAGAAGGGACACUAUGCCAACGAGUGUGGCAAGGAGAUUGUAUGCUGGCGAUGCCGAAAGCCAGGUCAUGUGGAGAGGAAUUGCCCGAGUGCGGCCAAGACCGAGCCAGUGCUGAAUGCUGCCAGAGGGAGACGACCAUCUGCUCCAGGUCGUGUCUUUGCUAUUUCAGGAGGACAGGCUGCUAUUACUGAUGACCUUAUCCAGGGUACGUGUCGUAUUGCUGGAACAUCACUAAUGGUUUUAUUUGAUUCGGGUGCUACGCACUCAUUCAUUGCUCAGGAUUGUGUGAAGAAGUUAGGGCUACCGACUGCUGACCUACCUUUCGAUCUGGUGGUGACAACCCCUGCCGCUGAUCGAUUAGUUACACGCAUGGCAUGCUUACAAUGUCUGUUGGUUUACGAGGAUCGGAAGUUCCUUGCGAACCUCGCCUGUUUAGGACUCAAGGAGUUGGAUGUGACUUUGGGAAUGGAUUGGUUAGCGCAAUAUCGCGUGCUCUUAGAUUGUGCUAACAAGGCGGUAGUAUUCCCAGAUCCCGGCGUUACGGAUUACUUAAAUUCAUACAACCUAGGGAAGGGUUCACCGGCGUAUGUGAACUCUAUCGUUGCCGAAGCAAAACAUGAUGGUGAUGUGCGCAAUAUCUUGGUGGUACAGGAGUAUGUCGAUGUGUUUCCCGAAGAUGUACCCGGUUUGCCACCAGUCAGAAAGACGGAGUUCUCUAUUGACAUUGUGCCCGGUACUGGACCAAUAUCAAUGGCACCUUAUGGUAUGGCCCCAGCGGAGUUGGCAGAAUUGGCAAAGCAGUUGGAUGAUCUAUCCUCAAAGGGAUUCAUUCGACCUAGUGAAUCGCCAUGGGGUGCACCUGCGCUAUUGGUGUUGAGAUCUUGA